AAGCCUCCUGUGGUUGAGGAAGAUGACGUUGUUGGCUUUGACGAGGAGGCCAAGAAGGUAAUUGAUCGUCUUCUUGAAGGAUCAGACAAUUUAAAGGUUAUUCCAGUCGUUGGUAUGCCAGGUCUUGGAAAGACGACACUGGCAAAUAAGAUAUUCAAGGAUGCUACAGUUGAGUUUGAGUUCUUCACUCGCAUUUGGGUUUAUGUUUCACAGUCAUACAAGAGAAGGGACUUAUUUCUCAACAUUAUUAGUAAAUUCAAGCGAAAUACUACACAAUAUUCUCAUAUGUCUGAGGAUGAUUUGGCUCAAGUAAUACGUGAUUUUUUGGGGAGGGGAGGAAAAUAUCUAAUUGUUUUGGAUGAUGUAUGGUCUGGAGAAGCUUGGGAUCGUCUCAAAAUUGCUUUCCCGAACAACAACAAGUGUAAUAGAGUGUUGUUGACCACUCGAGAUAACAUUGUAGCUAAGCAUUGCAAUGAUGAUCCUCAUAAGUUGAAAUUUUUAACUGAUAGUGAAGGUUGGGAGUUGCUGGAAAAGAAGGUAUUCCACAAGGAUAAAUGCCCUUCGGAGUUGGAACAGUACGGACUAAAUAUAGCCAAAAAAUGUGAGGGAUUACCCCUUGCAAUUGUGGUGAUUGCAGGGGCGUUAAUCGGUAAGGGUAAGACAACAAGAGAAUGGGAGCAAGUAGAUCAAAGUGUUGGUGAGCACCUCAUAAAUAAAGACCCGGAGAAUUGUAAAAAGCUGGUGCAAAUGAGUUAUGAUCGCUUGCCUUAUGACUUGAAGGCGUGCUUCUUGUAUUGCGGUGCAUUUCCUAAAGGUUUUGAGAUCCCUGCUUGGAAGCUGAUCCGUUUAUGGAUCGCGGAAGGUUUCAUUCAGUACAAUGGACGCUUAACUCUUGAAUGUAAGGCAGAGGAUUACUUGAAUGAUCUUGUCAACAGAAACUUGGUGAUGGUAAUGCAGAGAACUUCUGAUGGCCAAAUUAAAACAUGUCGUGUUCAUGAUAUGUUGCACGAAUUUUGCAGGCAUGAGGCGACUAUGGAGGAAAACCUUUUCCAAGAAGUAAGUCUUGAUAUUAGGCAAUCUGCUCUUGGACAACAAGAGCUAGCAACGUACCGUCGCUUAUGCAUUCAUUCCUCUGUUUUACAAUUCAUCUCUACGAAACCUUUUGGUGAACAUGUCAGGUCAUUCUUGAGCUUUCCAUCAAAAAAAUUGGAGAUGCCUGCUAGAGAUAUUCCAAAUAUCCCGAAAGCUUUUCCUCUACUAAGGGUGUUGGAUGCAGAAUCCCUCACAUUUAAUCGCUUUACCAAGGAGUUUUUCCAGCUAUAUCAUUUGAGAUAUAUAGCAUUCUCAAGCGACUCCCUCAAGAUCAUUCCUAGACAAAUGGGAGGGCUUUGGAACAUGCAAACUCUUAUUGUUGACACACAACAGAGGACUCUUGACAUUGAAGCAGACAUAUUGAACAUGCCACGACUGAGGCAUCUUCACACUAAUGCUUCUGCUAUAUUACGUGCCCCAAAAAGUAGUAAAGCUGCCCUGGUAAACCAAGCUUUACAAACUCUUUCGACAAUUGCACCUGAAAGUUGCACGGAAGAUGUGUUUGUGAGGGCUCCAAAUAUGAAGAAGUUGGGCAUUCGUGGCAACAUAGGUAUGCUUCUUGAGUCAAACGAGUCUGCACUAUUCAACAAUGUCAAGAAGCUAGAGUGCCUUGAAAGUUUAAAGUUAAUUAAUGAUGUUGGUCAAAUAGGCCGGACACCACUACGCCUUCCUCCAGCAUACAUAUUUCCAAGGAAGUUGCAGAAGCUUACGUUAAUAAAUACUUGGUUGGACUGGGAUCAUGAUAUGUCUAUACUUGGACAAUUGCAGUACCUUGAAGUUCUAAAACUGAAAGAAAAUGCAUUUAAGGGAGAGUACUGGGAGCCAAAAGUUGGUGGUUUUGGUUCCCUUCAGGUCCUGUGGAUUCAGAGAACAGAUCUAGCAGCCUGGCAUGCUUCAGCUGAUAACUUUCCUAGACUGAAGCGUCUGGUUCUUGUAUCGUGUGAAAAACUUGCGGAAAUUCCCCUUGGCCUGGCGGAUGUACGCAGCCUCCAAGUGAUGGAACUGAACGUCACCACCAAAUUAGCAGCAAAAUGUGCACGUGAUAUCCAAACCAAGAAACUCAAGCAAGCUAAUUUGGAAGGUAAUUAUAUUAAAAGCAGCGGAUUCAAGCUAUCUAUAUAUCCUCCUGAUCUCUGAUUGCAACUGCAUACAGCUUCCUUGAUGACGUGUAGGUUUUCAUGAGUGAACUACAUUCUCCUUGGGUUUCAUACAGCUUCAUUGAUCGUAUGGAUUACCCCUCGUUUCUGCUAUCUGCUACUUCAUUGAUUCACUCACUCUUCAACAAAGGCGACAAUGCUUUGGUUCUCUUUUUGG